AUGGCGAUUCCGAGGAAUGCAAAGACGCCCGACGGUCGAUCCAUGCCGCCUCUUUCGGUUCUCGUCUUCGUGCUCCUUGACGGCAAGAGCCAUCACCAAUGUCUGCUGCCGAAAAGGCAGGUUCAGAGGGCGAGAAAAGAGCACACUGUGGGUACUCUGAAAGCAUCAUCCCUUCGCGUCAACGGUGAUUUGCUGCCGAGUCAAGCUCGAGGCGUCUUCCUCUCGACCGGCGGCCGCCACCGCUGCCGAUCGAUGACGAGCCUUUGGAGUCUGUGGGGAGAGUGGGAGAUCCGGGUGCUACUCCUCGGCAGCCUCUCCCUGCAGGUGUUCCUCCUCUUCACCGGCGGCCUCCGCAAGCGCAUCGUGGCGUCCUGGCUGCACUUCCUGCUCUGGCUCGCCUACCUGCUCGCCGAUUCCAUCGCCAUCUACACGCUCGGCUCCCUAUCUCGGAGCCAGAAGCUAUGCCACCACACCGACGGGGAGGACGGCUUGCACCUCCUCCUUUUGUGGGCGCCCUUCCUCAUCCUCCACCUCGGCGGCCAGGACACAAUCACCGCCUUCGCCAUCGAGGACAACGAGCUCUGGCUCCGCCACCUCCUCAGCCUCGUCACCCAGGUCGGCCUCGCGCUGUACGUCUACUGGAAGUCCUGCCCUUCCGCCGCGAGCCUCGUCGCUCCGGCCGUCGUCAUGUUCGCCUCUGGCGUCCUCAAGUAUGCCAAGCGCACCUGGGCGCUCAAAUCGGCCAGCAUGAGCAGCCUCCGCAGCUCCAUGCUCACACGCCCAGACCCAGGACCCAACUACGCGCAGCUCAUAGAGGAGUACCACUCCAGCAAGGAUGCCGGCCUGCGCGCCGAGAUCGUCAUCGUCCCCGAGCGGCUGCCCGUAGACGACGUCCACGUCCCGGAGGAGCCGAUGGAGUACGACGAGCUUGUCAUCAAGGCGCACAUGUUCUUCCACACCUUCCGCCGCCUUUUCGUCGACCUCAUCCUCAGCUUCCAGGACCGCACCGACAGCCUCGCCUUCUUCCGCCGCCUGAAGCGCGACCAGGCCUACAAGGUCGUCGAGAUCGAGCUCCAGCUCAUGUAUGAGUCGCUCCACUCCAAGUCGCCCGUCAUACACUGCCCCUCGGGCCGCUACCUCCGCGUUUUCACCCUGGCCGCGCCCAUCCUGUCGCUCCUCGUCUUCUCCAAGGCUGGCAAGGGACGCUACAAGGAGGCCGACGUUGCCGUCACUUACGUCCUCCUUGUUGGUGCCAUUUUCUUGGAGAUUUACGGCAUCAUCCUGAUGGCCAUCUCCUCCUGGAGCUACGCCGACCUGCGGAAGUUGCGCAAAUGCCCCCCGGCGGCGAGCAGAGUGGUCUUCCAGGCCGUCAAGUAUUUCAUGCCGGAGGCGAGGCCACGGUGGUCGAACCAGAUGGCCCAGUACAAUCUCCUCAGCUACUGCCUCAAGGACAAGUCCACAUGGUUGACGAGAGUGCUGGAGAGUCUCGAGUGGGAUUACAACAUCCGCGUCAAGACAGCGUGGGACAGCUUAUGGUACACGAAGCACAUCGGCGUGUCCCUGGUGCUCAAGCAGCUCAUCUUCAAGCAGCUCAAAGACAAGGCGAACAGCACGAUGGAUCCAAUGAGCUACCGGCGGUUCGGGGAUCACCGCGGGCAGUGGAUUCUGCAGCGCAAGGGGUGCUACCAGGAGCUCCGGUGGAGCGUCGAUGAGGUCGAGUUCGACGAGAGCAUCCUCCUCUGGCACAUCGCGACCGACCUCUGCUUCUACGACGACGAUAACCAAACGUCCUCAGAUCUUGCCCCCGCCGGCGCCGGCGGGUCCGCGGACGAGGGCGACAUAAACAGCGGGUCCAGGCUGCCGGCGGCGAGCAGGGAGAUGGCAAAUUACAUGCUGUUCCUGCUGGUGAUGCGGCCGUUCAUGCUGACGGCGAGCAUUGGGCAGAUCCGGUUCGGCGACACCUGCGCGGAGGCCAAGAACUUCUUCGUGCGGCUGCGGGGAGGCGAGGCCCGGGCGGAGGAGCGGCAGGGCGCGAGCGCGCUGGCGGCAGUGAAGGCGGAUAUCGACCCGCGGAAGGUGAAGGGGGACCGGAGCAAGUCGGUGCUGUUCGACGCGUGCCGGCUGGCAGAGCAGCUGCGCGGGAUGGAGGCUAGGAAGCGGUGGAGGCUGGUGGCCGGGGUGUGGGUGGAGAUGAUGUGCUACGCGGCGGGUAAGUGCAGGGGCAACUUCCACGCCAAGCAGCUCAGCCAGGGCGGGGAGCUGCUCACGGUGCUGUGGCUGCUUAUGGCGCACUUCGGCAUUGGUGACCAGUACAGGGUCGAGGCCGGACAUGCCAGGGCCAAGCUCAUCGUACACAACUAGCGCAAAGUUCGUUUUGCGCCUUAACCAGGGUCUAAGAUGCGUUCAGUUGCUAGCUAUUUGUUCACACUUUUCUGCUAUGUCCUAUAUAACACUAAGCUCCCUAGUUUAGAGCUCACAUUUAAUUGAGAUUUUCAAUUAAAAUUCGGUCA